GCACAUUCUUAUUUACACAUUGUAUUCGCUCUUAAGAACAAUAGAAGAACCUAAACUUGAUAGAUUCUUAGUAAAUUUAUCAGGCUCCCAAAUGUUUUGGUAUAUAUAGAUAUUCCUUAUUCUGAUCGUUUUCCACCAUUAAUGCAUGUUCUCUCCCCAUCUACCCCUGCUCUGUGCAGGGUAGAGACCCUAGCUAAUUAAACAACCUUCGACAGAAAAGAGAAUCACCCUUUCCCUGAUGGAACAAGAUCAAUCAGACGCCACAGAAGACGUCAUCCCGAUCGCUCAUGCUAUCAACAAUGCGGAUGAGAAAAAGAAGCGUGGAGCUACGCACCUUCUCAAAGCAACAUCCUUCGCGCUCCGCCGGGACAAGAAACCGAAACCGGUUCAUGUGGAGGUGGAGUCCAAGGGCAUGUGGAAGCGGCUCGUCGGGUCGAUGCUUCACAGCAACCAAUCAUCCCCAACGGUCGAACACCACCUGGACGAUACGGUGCCGUCUUCCGUGUCUCAGUCAGGGGCGAGCUCCUCGGCGUGUUCUGAAGCCAGUGUGAGCCGCUAUGCGUCCGCGGUUAACCUCGAGGAGCUUGACCGGGGGAGCGAGGAUAACGAUUGCGAUGAUCAUGAGGCUUACAACGAUUGCGGUGGCGGGGACGAGAUGAUCGACGUGAAGGCUGACAUGUUCAUUGCUCGGUUCUAUGAACAAAUGAAGCUCCAACGCAUGGACUCGGUUGAUCGUCGCUACCAUGAGAUGAAUAAGAGGUCGAUAGGUUGAAGGGUGGGGAGAGAAAUACGUAGUUCGAUCGCAAAGUUGGCAUGCAUGCAAAUCGGUGUUAUUUGAGAAAUUAAUAGAUAUUGAAAACAAAAUAAAAAAGCGAGUGUUUUUCUAGUAAUUAUUAAGUAAAUUCUUAAUUAAUUAGUACUAUCUUUUUGUACGUUAGGUGUUAAUUAAUUCCAUUGAAGAAAAUAGUCUGUGUUGUG